AUGGUUCACCUGAUCUCGGCCGCCGCCUUGGCACUGUACGGUUUCACCUUAUCUCCGGCAACGGCCCUCGUCUCGGCCGAGACCUUCUCGGUGCCGCCACCACACUCGGACAAGUCGCAUCCUCAGUCGCCAUCGUCGGCGGCGUCGUCGUCGUCGUCGUCGUCGUCUUCCGGCUUCGCACCGAGCCCGGACCACGCUCGCGAGAAUGCCGUGCACAUCUUUAACGAGGUGCACUCGGCCAUGCGGCAGUGGGGGUCCUCGCUGCACCACAACGGCAUGGGGCUGAUCCCCGCGACGGUGCCCAAGGGCACGGUCCUGUACCACGGAACGAGGUCGAACAGCACGCCUGAGGAGUUCGAGUGGCUGGCGUUCGAAAUGGAGCAUUCUGAAAACUUUGCGAGGAGCUGGAGGAAGGGACGCGGGAUGCCGCCGCCAGGGCCGCCGGGAAAGGGGAAGGGGAAGCUGCCGGGUGGAGGGGGGCCGCCUGGAGGUCCACGUGGCGGCCAGCCAAUUAUCCCCAUGGUAGAAGGACAGAAGCCACUUGUGGAAGACGACGACAAACGACCUCCGAGGGGACCCGGGGGACCGGGUGGGCCUGCCCGGGGGUACUUACACAUGUACCGCGCCAAUCGGGACCUGAAGCUGCUGUACAUUGACGGCAUGUCCGCCGGGAAAACGGGCAUGGGCACGCUUGACACGCAAGACUCCUUGCUGCGUGGAAUCGACAAUGCCCCUGGAUUUGGAGAGUACGAACGCGCGAGUGAUCUCUGCAAAGCCGUCAAGGGAUGGGGCCUCGACGGAGUCAUCAGGAUGGAGAUUGGGUUCGAGUCGAUUUACUGCGACUUCUCGGACGGGUUGGAUCUUCUCUCGGUGCUGAGGCGACCGUGGAACGACCAGGUUGAGGGAGAGUACGGGAUAGACAUGUUUGAAUGGGCGAGGGCCGUCGGGCAGAGGUAUGAUGGCAUCGGCGCCGGGCGAGUGAAGUUGGACUUUGGGGGGAUGGUAAGCGGCCUUUGGUAUCCUCUGAACGUGUCCAACCCGAACGGGCGGAGGGAUAUGCCGAGGCUAGGACAACUUGCGGAAGAGGAGAGGAGGGUGAUCCUCGGCAGAGUUGAGGAGAUUGUAAAGGGGGCCAAGUGGAACGAUGGCAAGGUCGACUGGCAAGGCAUCGUCGACAUGAUUGUCUCAAGAUACGCGGACCGCAUCGAGGCGAUGGCAGACGAGAGCUCCGUCGAAGACUACAGGGAGUUCCUGAGCCAGGUUCUGGUCGUGACCAACACGUUUGUGGAUUAUCCGCAAGACGAAUAUGACUCUGCAGUGGGGGCUGCGGUGCGGGGGGAGGACGAACACGUCAAGGAGGCGAGGGAGAGGUGUGCGAAGCACUACCUCACGCCGGCCGCGGUGCGGAGAGACGAGUGGACGCCGGAGGACGGCAUGAUCCACGUCGCCGUCUCUGCCAUUGCGGAGCGGAUCUGCAAAGACCUGUUCCACGUCCGCGGCCUCGUCCUCGAAGCGGCGCCCAAGUUGGCGGAUGCGUUCUCGGAGGCGCAGAUCCGCAAUGUCGUUGCCGCCGCCGUCCGUGGUGAUGACGAUGGGAAGCUCGGAAGGGCGGUCGAGCAAGGUCGCGAGGCGAUCAUGACGCUCAAGGAGGAUCUUGGAUGGAGCAUGUGGAAAAAGUGCAAGCCCGGGUGCGACGUCGCCGAGAUCUGCUUCAUUGCCAUGUGGCCGUUUGGGCUGAAGGAAGACCACUACCACCCGAGUUGUCACAACCGGAGCUCCAUGGCCAACAGGGAGGGGCGAGGCGGCGAAAAGGGAUAUUGGGAGUGGGAGCCUCGGUCUAGGCUGAUGGGUUGA